CAAAACACAUGCAAGAUGCAAGAUGACAUCUUUGUUAAAAAUUUCAAUGUCACCUGUCAUAUCAUAUCAGGAGACGGGAAGAGAAAUAUUGACAUUGCUCUAACUUUUAGGAUCGAAUUGUGGGUUUCAGAAGUUACCAAGGUUUCCUUUACGUACCGGUUAAUAAUUGUUGGUUUUUUUAGAUUGAGAAUGGCAAACUCACCAAGUGGAAUAAACAAUUUCAAAGUGGUGUUACUGGGCGAGGGAUGUGUCGGUAAGACGUCCAUAUUGCUGCGGUAUAUUGAAGACAAGUUUAACGACAAACACCUGACUACACUUCAGGCGACGUUCCUCAACAAAAAACUGAACAUAAACGGCAAAAGAAUAAAUCUGUCGAUCUGGGACACGGCCGGCCAGGAGAAGUUCCACGCUCUGGGCCCAAUCUACUAUAGGAACUCGAACGGCGCCAUCCUCGUGUACGACAUCACCGAUGAAGACUCCUUUGGAAAGGUUAAGAAUUGGGUAAAGGAGUUGAAGAAGAUGCUCGGCUCGGACAUUGUUCUGGUGAUAGCUGGUAACAAAAUAGACUUGGAACAUGAGAGGACGGUGCCGCUUGAAGAAGCCGAAAGCUAUGCGAACACGGUGGGAGCGAAGCACUAUUACACGUCCGCGAAGCUGAACCAGGGCGUGGAGGAGCUGUUCCUGGAGCUGACGCGCGAGAUGGCGGAGCGGGCGGAGCGCGGGGCCCGCGCUGAUGCCGGGCGUGGGUCGCGUGUGCUCGUGGUGGACGACGAAGCCCCCGCGCGUAGCUCGUGCUGCGGGGGGGCCAGGAGCGCGUAAGUGCGGCGUUAUACCCACCGAUACCUCGCUUCUACCUUCUGGCCGCGGUCGUUGACUCGCGACCAUCUCUAGCGGCCCUGAUCUACGCAGAAGUACACUGUGUGAUCGGUGUGGGCGCGAUCUAGCUACAAUUUCUUUAACCUACACAGACGUACGCUACGUUGUAUGACGGGACUUCGUUGAUCAUAAUAUCGACGCAAAUUUCUUAACUAACACAAACUACGCAGUACGUUACGUUGUAUUGCGGGCGCGACAGUCGCAUGCGCAGAAAUCCUUUGCGCAUUUCACGGAGCACUAUAGUUACGUGCCAACUAUACGUCUGAUCUUAGCCUACAUGUGCAUUGUGCAUCUUAUUCGUCGGUCGUUCUAGUGUUAGCUGUUUCUAGAACUUAUAUUUCGGCUCGAACGAAUCUAAAUAGUACUUUUUGUACUACAUAACAUCACUUUUUUCAUAUAUGUAUAUGUAUUUUAUUAUAUUGUCAGUUUAUAUGUAUAUUCAAAAUGAAUGAAUAUUUCUUAUUUGUGUAAAAUUAUAAAAUAUAACAUUUUAUUAUAUUGUUAGUCUAAAUUAAAUACGUAUAAGGUAUCAUAUUGUCUAUUAUUCGAAAUUACUAUUUGAACAAAAUUUAACAACGAAGUGUUUGGUCGUCAUCUUAUAUUUUGUCAAAGGGUUCUUAAACUGUAAUAAUUAUUUUUUUUAACCGAUUUCAAAAAUAAGGAGGAGGUUCUUUAUAUAUAAUAUACAUGAUUAAUAAGUAAAUAGAACGAAUUAAAUAUUUUCCAUGCUUUACGACUUCUAAAAAUGUUGUCCAGUCAACUUUUAUUCUAAAUGUUAUCGAAAUGAAAAUUUUGUAUGGCUCAUUUAGUUACGGUGUUAAUAGUUAGGUAUAUUUACAUAUAAGAUAUGUCUUUUAUAAAUGGUAAAGACAUUAUUCGGAACUAAAAUUAGUUCUCAUUUUAGCUAAGGUGGAUUGGAAAUAAAUCUACUUUUUCACCCGAUGUCGAUUGAAAAAUUCAAAUUCAAAAAUACGAUCCAAAUAAAGAAUUUUUGAAUUUGAAUUUUUGAAAUCAUUAAAUUGUACAUGUUUCCAUGUGUUACUUUGGGAAAAUUAUUUCUCACUACUACUGUGUUCAUUGUUAUCCAAUUGUACUGAAUAAAUUCAUCUUUUAAUGUUAGCUGUAACAUGUUACUUUUAUUGAUACUAGGCCACACUAAUCUAGGUAUUUUCUAAAAAUAAAUAGAGGAUAUGAAUGACUACAUAACUGUAUUUAGUGAUAUUAUCUUCUUUAAUAUAUAUAAAUCUCGUGUCACAAUGUUUGUCCUCAAUGGACUCCUAAACCACUUAACCGAUUAUAAUAAAAUUCGCACACCAUGUGCAGUUCGAUCCUACUUGAGAGAUAGGAUAGGUUUUAUCUCGGAAAUCCCACGGGAAAGGGAACUAUGCGGGGUUUUCUCUGAAAACGCGGGCGAAGCCGCGGGCGGAAAGUUAGUAUAUUAUAAAUAUGGUUUUGUUACUUCGGACCAGUAAGCUUGUGAUAUAUGUGCCUAGAUGUGAAUAUAUAUUCCGGUAAAGAUAAUUUUCUUUUUAACGAAUGGCAUGAUAACAUGACGUGAUAUUUAUAUGACAACGUGAUGUAAUCUAUUUGAAACAAUUCAAAUAUUUUAAAGGGUUCUUAAAUGUUAUUCAAUUGACUUUAUAUUGUUCUAUUGUAACUAAAGUUUUUUCUUAUUAUUCGUUAAUAAAAAGGACUGUAUUAUUUUACGACUCCGUCCGCGCGGAUGUCCGUCUUCGCGUGCAUGGUUUUUUCUCUAUUUUGAGAUGAUUUUAAGUAACUCUGACAAUGACAUCUUAUAAAAAAAGAAUCCACUGCGGGUAACGCAACGUGUGUUCGCAGUUCUACAGAACAACGUCUGUGGAUAAAACUGAAAAAUUGAGAAUUAUUUUUUCCACGUAUUUUUCUAGGAUAAAAAGUAUCCUAUUUUAUGCCCAGGAUAAUAAGGUAUAACUAUACCAAGUUUCAUCGAAAUCGAACCGUCAGUUUUCACGUGAUGUCAGCAUAUACAGACAGACAAAAAUUUUUUUUAUCACAUAUUUGGGUUUGAUAUCGAUCCAAUAUUACACUAAUACUAUUUAUUUUUUCAAUAUUUUCAAUGUACAGAAUUGACCCUUCUACACAUUUAUUAUAUGUAUAGAUUGUGACUUUGUUUGGGCCCAUUGGUAUUGAUUGGUUCGACGGUAGCUUAUGCGUUAUAACUUUUAAAAUAUAUAUAUGUGCAUUUUUCAUCGAUUUGAUUAAACAUUAAAUUAUAUAUUAUAUUAAUUAAUAUUAUAUUAUACAUUUACUGUACUUUAGUAAUGUAAAUUAGGAUUAAAUACUGUUUCUAUAUUAAUAUAGGGUAAAUAGGUAAUCUAUAUAAUAUUGUAUAUAAGGUCAAAAAAAGAACAAAGACCUAUGGAACUUUUUUAACGUAAAGUUAAAUGUACUGAUAAUAUUUUGACUAUAAUUUGUCUAAUAAUUUAUUAUUAUGAAUACCUUUCAUAUAAUAUAUAUAAUUGAGGCAUUGAACAAUGAAUGUUAAUCUAUUUUGCUGCAUAAUAUUUUGUUGGAUUAACUAAAUUAACUUUAUUUUGAAUAUUUAUACAACAAAUAUUAUUUUAUGUAUUUGUAUAAUGCGUGUGAUUAAAAGAUAUUACUUGGCAUAAUAAUAAUAAUUUAUGUUUAAAUAUCAAAUUUUAGAAGAACUUUCGAUGGUUCUGUUUCAACAUCGGCUAUUUUAAUUUUAUUGAGAUGGAAAUUUAUAUGGUAGCUUUUUGUAAAUUCUUAUGGGG